AUGAACUAUUUAGAAGGUGUUGGGUCCAAGAAAGGUGGUGGUGGCAUAGCCUCAGAAUCGCAGUUCAACCUACAGCGAAGAAAAGAAGUUGAAUCUUUGCUUAACAAAGGUGAAGAUGUACCGUACACUUUCCAAGAUGAGGAAGAGAAUCAAGUAAGAUCCAACCCGUACAUUUACAAAAACCACUCCGGUAAAUUAGUUUGUAAACUAUGUAAUACAAUGCACAUGUCGUGGUCUAGUGUUGAAAGACAUCUGGGUGGUAAAAAGCAUGGAUUAAAUGUAUUGAGGCGAGGUAUCAGCAUAGAGAAAAAUAAUCAUGGAAAAGAAGGCCAAACAACCCAGGAUUUCCAGCAAGAACAAAAGAUAAUUGAAGCUAAGCGAUCUUUAAGAAACAAUGGUGUGAUUCCCAUUUCUAGAGUAGCUACUAUAAAAAAUCCGAAAACUGGAUUGGUAGGUCUGGCUAUUCAGGUCAACUAUAGUGGUGAAGCCAGAGAAAAUGACGAUGGUAAGAGUAAUAUGAUCAACAUUCCACCUCUCAUUAGAAUCGUAUCAGGACUAGAAUUGUCAGAUUCAAAGCAGAAGGGAAGAAAAUUUUUAGUCAUUGCAUAUGAACCUUUCGAAAACGUUGCCAUUGAGCUACCUCCAAACGAGAUACUUUUCGGCGGAAACGAUGAGAUGAACUCUUAUAAGGAUGGAGUAGAUGAGCUAAAUGGAAAAUGUACAUUUUGGGAUGCUGUUUCAAAACUGUAUUACGUUCAACUUUUCUUUAAACAAGAGGAACAAGAACAAACUGGCGCUUGA